AUACAAAGUUUGUAAACUGCCAGAAAACGCUAUAGAAGAAGAAGAAAAAAACAAAAGGGGAAGAAGAAGAACUUUUACAUGUGACCAAAAAACCUUAGACUUGUCUUGUGAGGCCUUAAGCUGCCAACCAGAGAACUGGAAGUGACAGCCUGCGAGGGAGCAGUUAGCAUCAGAGCUAACUGAGAAGCUAACGGCCAGAGAAGUUUCCUGUUAGAGGAAAAGGGAAAAAGUGACUUCUCAUUGAGAACACUGGACACUUAUUGGACUCUGGGCUGUUUGGAGGCUUUUCUCCGAGGAACAAAAGCGAGUCUGACGACAUUUCACAGCCUCUUGUUCUCUUGGAAGGUUCUUGCUGAUCAAUCUGCCAGUGGCCAAGAGAGGAACUUCAUUAUUAACCUGAAGGAACCAAACACCAAAGACAUGAAAGAGGAAGAACCAGAACCUCAAGGAAUUAAAGAAGAACAGCUUGGACUGUGUAUCUUUCCAGAUGAAGAGCAACUUGUUAAGCAGGAGACAGAUACCUUUGUAGGGUUUUCUGCUUGUGACAAACUAUUUCAAGUUGAACCUGAACAGCAACAGAUGAACGUGACAAAGGAGGAACCAGAACCUGUACAGAUUAAAGAGGAACAUGGGGAUCUCUGGAGUAAUGAGGAUGAGGAGCAGCUUGUAGUGAAGCAGGAGGCUGACACCUUUAAGGUGACUCCUCUGGAUUUAAAAUAUGACACAAAUGAACCAGAAGAGAAAAUGAACCAACUUGUCAAUGCAGACUCCCCUGAAGGUGAGAAGCAACAUCAGCAGGAUAAUAAUCAAGAAGAGUCAGGAUCAAACACAGAUGAAGAGCUAAAGCAUAAAAAGAGACGAGAGAAAACCAAAGAUCACAGUGAUGGUUCAAAACUAAAAAGACAUAAGACCAAUAAACCUUGUGAAGCAUGUGGUAAAUGUUUCACCAAGUGUAGAUGUUUGACUAAUCAAAUUAGGAAAAAUAGAGGAGAGAAAUCUUUACUGUGUGUGCUUUGUGGAAAAGGUUUCCUCAGUCAAAGUAAUUUAAAUAUCCACAUGAGAGCCCACACAGGGGAGAAGCCUUUCUCUUGUCCAACUUGUGCAAAAGGGUUUUCCACUAAAGGUUACCUGAACAUUCACAUAAGAAUUCAUACAGGUGAAAAGCCGUACACAUGUGAAAUGUGUGCUAAAUCUUUUAGCUGCAGUAAUCAUCUGUCUUGUCACAUGAGAAUGCACACAGGGGAGAAGCCUUUCUCCUGUCCCACUUGUGCAAAAGGAUUUUCCACUAACGGUUACCUGAGUAAGCACAUAAGAACACAUAUGGGCGAGAAGCCAUACGCAUGUGGAAUGUGUGAUAAAUCUUUCAGCUUAGGUAGUAAUUUAGCUCGUCACAUGAGAAUACAUACUGGUGAGAAGCCAUUUUCCUGUCCAACAUGUGCAAAAGAGUUUUCCUUGAAAGGUAGCCUGAGUAAGCACAUAAGAACUCAUACGGGGGAGAAGCCAUAUGCUUGUGGAAUGUGUGAUAAAUGCUUCAGCUGCAGUAGUCAUCUGGCUUGUCACAUGAGAAUACACACAGGUGAGAAGCCUUACCAUUGUCAAGUGUGUGAUAAAUCUUUCAGCGCUGGUAGUUAUUUAGCUCGUCACAUGAGAACACAUACUGGUGAGAAGCCAUUUUCCUGUCCAACAUGUGGAAAACAGUUUUCCCAUAGAAGUAACCUGAUUACGCACACAAGAACUCAUACGGGCAACAAGCCAUACGCAUGUGGAAUGUGUGAUAAAUCUUUCAGCGAUGGUAGUUCUUUAGCUGGUCACAUGAGAAUGCACACAGGUGAGAAGCCAUUUUCCUGUCCAACUUGUGAAAAAGCGUUUUCCCUGAAAGGUAGCCUGAGUAGGCACAUAAGAACUCAUACGGGCGAGAAGCCUUAUCAUUGUAAAUUGUGCGAUAAAUCUUUUACUUCCUCAAAUAGUAGGCUUACACAUAUGAGAACUCACACAAGCGAGAAGCCUUAUCAUUGUAAAGUGUGCAAUAAACCUUUCCGCACUGGUAGUAAUUUAACUGUUCACAUGAGAACGCAUACUGGUGAGAAGCCAUUUUCCUGUCCAACAUGUGGAAAAGAGUUUUCCCAUAGAGGUAACCUGAUUACACACAUAAGAACUCAUACGGGGGUGAAGCCAUACAAUGGUGAAAUGUGUUAUAAAUCUUUCAGCAUUGGUAGUCAUUUAGCUAGUCACAUGAGAACGCACACUAGUGAGAAGCCUUUUUCCUGUCCAACUUGUGCAAAAGAGUUUUCCCAUAAAUGUAGCCUAAGUAAGCACAUAAGAACUCACACAGGGGAGAAGCCUUUUCAUUGUAAAGUGUGCAAUAAAUCUUUUACUUCCUCUAGUAGUAGGAUUCAACAUAUGAGAACUCACAGGUGAGAAGCUGUAUGCUUCUGAAGCGUGUGCUAAAUCUUUCAGAAACAGUUGUCAUCUGGCUGAUCACAUGCUAACUCACAGGUGAGAAGCCUUUCCUGUGUCUGAUGUGUAGAAAAUGUUUCUUCAAGCAAAGCAAUCCAAGUGUCCACAUGAGAAUCCAUGGUGAUGAGAGGCCUCACUCUUCAGAUGCAUAUUAAAAUCAGUGACUGUUGUAAAUUAGCUAAACACAACAUACAGAUUUGUUUAAUCACAUUAGAUCACAAGUUCCAACUUCUGCUUAUUCAUGGAUUUAUGGAGACAUCUACCGAACAACUAUAAAGGACUUGAUAUGACUGUUAGAUUGUUAGAGCCAGGUUUUAGGAGAUCAAAAUUUUGUCAUUCCUCUCGUUCAUUUGGAUAAAUUAUUGGGCUCAUCUGACACUAAAAUAUAAAAUAUACUCAUCCUUCAUAAAAGUUAAACUUCUUUACUAUCAAAGUUAACUAUUUUUUAGCGCUGUUAAUAGUUCAACCCACCCUGACAAAAACUAUUUCCAUAAAGAAAACCCAGAUCAUGAUGCUGCCAACACCAAGUUUCACUGUGGAUGUAAUGUGUGUUUUAAUGAUGUCUGAGGUUGAUUUAUUGCAAACAUGCCUUUUAGAGUUCAGUUUCAUCUCAGGGAUGUGAACGCCACCCAUAUUUGCUAAAUUCCUGCAUGAACUCAAAAAGUGGUUUACUGUUUGUUACCUAUUGUAACCCUGAAGAUUUUUAUGUUGAAUUAUACAGAAUGUAUUUUGUCAUUGUAUGAACGUUAAAGGUAUAAAAGUUGAAUUUUCUGUGGUCAUAGCUUUCCUAAAAACUCAGCUUUUGGGGCUUGUAUGAGGUCUUGAUGUUGUCUCACUGCUUGUAGGAGGUGAUUUGACAGGGCGGCUCUUUUCGAUGUGGUCUUGGCUCAGGCUGUCAGCAGCCAACUGUUCAUAGUUCAAUAAGUCACCACUUCUAGGUAGCUAGCAGAACACAACUGAGUGUGAUUAGUGUUCUUAUCCAGAUCAAUACUGUCAUCCUUUACAUAAAACCUUCUUCAAGCAAUUUACCAAUCAGAUAUUCUUGUCCACGUUUACUUUCAACUUAGCCUAGAAGUUCUGCAAUGUAAUCAUUACAUGCAAGCUAACAGAUAUAUGAAUGUAUAGUCGGCAGUAUUUAUCAGUAUUAAAAACAAGUCUCAAACGUGUCUUACCUUUCAAUGCCUGGUAGUUCAAUGUUAUCUGUAACAUAAUAUUAUCCUGCUGAUUCUAUAGAUGUUUCUACUCAUUACUAUGUAGCUAAGCUCAAAAUUAUUGUAUUUAGUAGGGUGUUAGUUUGAAUAAGGACUUUUAUUUUGGGAUCUUGUUGCGAAAUUUGUUGUUAAACCUUUUAUGAACUCCUUAUAAUUAUGUUAAAGCUGUGACUGAAGGGUUGCAGCAAAGAUCAGUUGGCUCCACAAACAACGCUUCUGGCCAGCGUGUGUUUGUAUUCGCAGGAGUCCAGUGGUGAGUGAGAGGCGCUUGGGGCGGACCACAGCAAGGACGCGGUGUGACUGGACCAAUCCCGAGACUUCUGCGGGGUGGAACUAAGAAACUGACUUUCUUUGUGGACUCUGCUACUGUGAUUUCAGCCCUUCAAGUGUAUUUUAGUUCAAAAUUAAGGACACAAUUAUCCUGGACUGGAAGCCUUCCGUUUUUAGUUGUUUUACUGAUUUUAGAUUAUUUAAAGAAAACAUUUUAUUGUGUUUUUAGCUUUUUAAGAAACCGGUUUUAUGAGAAUUAAAAACUGCAUUCCAAUCUG